AUGCGCUCCACAUUCGCUUUCGUUAUCGGGGCCGCGCUCUUGCCCUUCGCCGUGCUCUCUGCACCGACCACCACGGUAAUCGUGCCGGGUGGCCCCAAGCUUGCGGAAGACGUUCAUCUAGUCCCCACCGGCGGCAGCCUCGCGCACGUCGACAACUUCGUGCACAUCCUGCACGCCAACGGGACCGUGCUCAAGCAAGUCCCCGUCGGCGCCACGCCCGGGCCGACGCCGGUCCGGGUCGCCGAACGCGCGCUCAAGACGGGGUGGAUCACCUACGCCAGCUGGCUCAACCAGGGCGCGUCGCCCAUCAAGCACUUCACGACGACGUGGACGGUGCCGCCCGUGCCGAAGACGCAGAACGGGCAGACGAUUUUCCUGUUCAACUCGAUCGAGCCGAGUUCGUUCGACGCGAUCAUCCAGCCCGUGCUGCAGUACGGCCCGAGCGCGGCCGGCGGCGGCGCGUUCUGGGCCGUGGCGUCGUGGUACCUCGUCGGCUCCAACGUGUUCCACACGACUCCGAUCAGGGUCAGCGCCGGGAUGGCGCUGAACGGCGUGAUCACGCUCACCGGCAUCUCUGGCACGAACUACAACUACGCCACGCGUUUCACGAAUGUGGACAACACAAUUCUCAACGUGAAGAACGCCGCGCAGCUCACGUGGGCGACGGAGACCCUCGAGGCGUACGCGCUCAAGGCCGCAAGCGACUACCCCGCGGGCUCGACGGUGUUUUCGGCGAUCAACUUGACGCUGCAGAAUGGGAACGCGCCGAGCGUAAAGUGGGCGACGGCGAACGAUGCGGCGGACGGGCUGUCCACGACGGUCAACACGGAUGGGGCGACGAAUGCGAAGAUCACGAUCAAGUACUAG